AUGAAGGCGUGGAUUAAUGCGCAUGUGGACAAGAUUCUUCAUGCAUUGGUAUGUUAUGCCAUCAUGACCAUUCUGGUGCCAUUUGUAGGCUUUGAUUGGGGUGUUUUGCUUACCGUACUUGUUGCCAUUGGCAAGGAGACGUAUGACCUUCAGGAUUACGGUCUGUUUUCCUGGGGCGAUGUUGUCGCUGAUCUGGUGGGAAUUGAUAACGGACAUGGUUCUGAUACGCCGGGAAAGUGCUCACCUGACGGACUAUUCCAGGAAUGGAAAUAUACCAGGGAGAUUGCACAGAUGGUUGUGAGGUGUCUCGUGGACCAGGAUAUUGAUGCAAGGUUGCUCACUCCGGAGAAAUACGAUGUAAGUCUGAAGGCGAGAGUUGCAAGGGCGAACGAUGUGUGCCUCAAGUAUGGCAAGAACAAUGUCAUACUGAUAUCCGUACAUGUCGACGCGGCAGGAGCGGACGGGAAAUGGCACAAUGCAGGUGGCUGGAGCGCAUACACAAGCAAAGGGAAGACAAGGUCUGAUGAGAUAGCGGAAUUCCUGUACAAGGCUGCGGACACUUCUCUUGUCAAGUAUGCGGAACUGAUGCAGGAGGGGAAGAAGACAAACCUGUAUUCCAAGUCACAGACCGUACUUCGUAAGGACCAGACAGACGGAGAUAGUGACAAGGAGGAGAAUUUCUAUAUCUUGAAGAAUUCUCUAUGCCCUGCCGUACUGACAGAGAACCUUUUCCAAGAUAGCAGUGAGGAUGUUAAGUUCUUGCUAUCUGAGGAGGGCAGGGUUGCUAUUGUCAGGUUACACAAGAUCCUGAGAACUACUGCGGAUGUAUGCAAUGUGAGUUCUGAUGAUAUUAUUGAUGGCAGUCGCAAGGAGGAUGUGGUCACGGCUCGCACGAUAUGUGUGUUCUGGUGUUCUGCAGCAGGGUUCUCUGUGGAAAGUCUUGUGCAGUGUACGGAGGUGAAUAAUGCCUAUAGUAUCAAUGCCGUCAAAGCGAGGAUUGAGGAGUAUUGGGUUGACCGUUUCGCCUUCCAUAUGCUAUGCAGGGAGGUGGGCAAGAGGUUGCUUGAAUAUGCCCAUUCUAUUGAUGAGGACUUUGAUAUGGAACUACCUCUGAGGAGGAUUGCCAAGGUGACGGGAAAAUACUGA